ACGUCUUUCGAAGAGAGAAGAAUAUUAUAGAUCUGUACAUUAUGCUUUUAAGAUUUUCAAGUUUGGUCUCUGAGACAUUACCAUGCCAUCGAGAUUACAGAGCAUCUCUUCAAAGCCAAAAAGUUUAUUUGAAAAAGAAAUUUCUGAUGGCAUUGACUGAGCUGGAGGAGUUGAAGCCUGUAGUGCAGCAGAAGAUCAUUGAAUUAAACAGAAAACAAGCACAUCAAGUAAACGGGCUGGGCCAGUUUCAUCAAAAUAAUUCAUUACAUUGGUCUCCAGUUAAAAAGCAAACCCUAACUAAUUAUGAUGUAACAAAGGCUACAAGACCAGCUGCACCUCAAUUCAACUAUCAAGGUUCAAGGGCUCAACAAUUUUCAUAUGCCAGGCCUGUGGAAGAGCAAUGCCGCAAGUUAUCUUUAAAUAUGAUGCGUCCGAAGGAGGAAACUCUCUCCAGACAUUCUAUCUUGGGUCCGAAUGGGCUUUCUGGGCAGUGGCAGCCACCUAUAACUGCUGAUAAAGGGGUCCAAUAUCCCAGCAUCAUAGACCUGACUCCAGUUGAAAUCCCAAGCCUGCAGAAAACCUUAGAUGGACUUGCAAUUACAAACGAUUAUAACAACUCAGAACAAGAAAGAUUAAGUCGGGAAUCAAUUCUUACCCAGAAUGAUAAUACCCAGAUGCAUCGUCGUGAGGGACCUUGCUCCUUGAUUUCGUUUGAAACAACAGAAUCCCCUACUCAAUCAGAUAUUAUCAGACAGCCUUCUCCUCCACCUGUACUUGCUGAAGUACAAGAUUUGAUCCCUGCAGUGUCACAACCUUCUCCAAAUGUACUAGCUGAAGUUCAAGAUUUAAUACCUGCAGUGUCAUCCCAAGUUAGUGAGGCAGAACGUGGAAUGGAGACUUCCCUACAAGAUAAUUUGGUUCAUGCUGAAUCUCCACUGCAAUUACACAUUUCAACUGCAGUUAUGGAGACCUUUAUGAAGCUCGCUAAGUCAAACACAGAUAAGAACUUAGAAACAUGCGGUGUCCUUGCAGGUUCACUUAAAAACAGAAAAUUCUAUGUUACGGCUCUCAUCAUUCCUAAGCAGGAAUCAACAUCAGAUACUUGUCAGACGACAAAUGAAGAGGAAAUUUUUGAGGUGCAGGACAAACAGUCUCUUUUCCCACUUGGUUGGAUUCAUACACAUCCUUCUCAGUCUUGUUUCAUGUCGUCGGUUGAUGUUCACACUCAUUACUCAUAUCAGAUUAUGUUGCCAGAAGCUGUCGCCAUUGUCAUGGCACCAAGAGAUGGUUCAAGAAAGCAUGGCAUUUUCCGGUUAACAACCCCCGGUGGCAUGUCUGUCAUUAGACACUGUCAGCAACGUGGCUUUCAUCCACAUAGUGAGCCUCCGGACGGCGGGCCCAUAUACAAGAGUUGUACAGAUGUUUACAUGAACCCUAAUUUAAAAUUUGACGUCAUUGAUCUUCGGUGAUGACAAUCACAACAUUCAGAUGGGUAAUAUUCAUGAUCUAAUUGUUCAUAUACUCUGCUCAAUAAUAUUCACUUUACCAUUACAGAGCUGUUCAAAAGCUAGAAUAGGCGUGUGUUUAUAUAUUGGUGCUUGUAUAAAAGAUAGGAGAAGCUUGAUCAAUCGGCCAUCAAAUGGCAAUGGAAGCUCUGUGCUUCGAUAUAUGAUUUGUUGAGAUUGCAUGGAAACAAAACCUUUUCUUUUGGAUUACAAAUUGUUUUAACAGAAAGCAUCAUUGGACAUGAAUGAACACAUUAUGGAGAUGGAUUUUGUUGCUGGAUCA